UUCACACGCGACUUCUGCAUUGCGAACAAGAUGGCUGCCCACAGCGCUGUGCUCUCGGUCUCUAAAGUUGUAAGUCCUCUCUGGGGUCGAAACCUAGCAAAUACGGUAAAGGUAUUUGGAACAACUUUGGCAAGUCACCGGAAUAAAUCAUUUUAUGCUAGAGACUUAAUUCCCCCUCCUGCCAAGUAUGGAGGCAGACACACUGUGACCCUCAUACCGGGGGACGGGAUCGGUCCAGAGCUUCUAAGUCAUGUCACAGAGGUUUUCAGGUAUAGCUGUGUUCCUGUAGACUUUGAGGUCGUGAACGUCAAUUCUGCACUGGAGACCGAGGAUGAUAUCAACAAUGCCAUUACUGCGAUCCGCCGAAAUGGAGUCGCUCUUAAAGGUAACAUAGAAACCAAACAUACAAUGCCGCCAUCUGUGAAAUCCAGAAAUAAUCUGCUACGGACAAGCUUGGAUCUGUACGCCAACGUGAUGCACUGCCAGUCCCUCCCUGGAGUCCAAACUCGGCACAAGAACAUUGACAUCCUGAUCAUCAGGGAGAACACAGAAGGAGAAUACAGCAAUCUGGAGCACGAGAGCGCAUCAGGAGUAGUAGAGAGCCUGAAGAUCAUCACCAGGUACAAUUCCCUCAGGGUUGCAGAGUAUGCAUUUCAGCUGGCUCGGGAGAAAGGUCGGCGCAGGGUGACUGCAGUGCAUAAAGCCAACAUCAUGAAGCUUGGGGAUGGCUUGUUUCUUGAGUGCUGUAGGGAAGUUGCCUCCGGAUACCCAGAUAUCACUUUUGAUAGCAUGAUUGUGGACAACACCACCAUGCAGCUUGUGUCCAAACCCCAUCAGUUUGAUGUGAUGGUGAUGCCUAAUCUGUACGGGAACGUGGUCAGUAAUGUUUGUGCUGGCCUGGUGGGGGGGCCUGGACUUGUGCCUGGCGCCAAUUAUGGUCGGGACUACGCAGUGUUUGAAACUGCUACGAGGAACACGGGGAAAAGUAUUGCUGGGAAGAACAUUGCUAACCCCACCGCUAUGCUGCUAGCUAGCUGCAUGAUGUUGGACCACCUCAAGCUUUAUAACUACGCUAACUUGAUAAGGAAUGCAGUCCUCACCACCAUGAAUGAAACCAGGUUGCACACAGCGGAUCUGGGGGGUCAGGGCACCACAUUAGAGGUGGUCCAGUCCAUCAUGAGGAAUAUCCAGAGUAAAGGCCAGCUCACUGCAGAGAUGUAAAACAGCUCUGUCCACAUUGUUUGAAAGAUAUGUUGUCAUCUGUGUGAAUCUGAGCAGGAUUGUGUACGCAGACAAAGGCUGCAAUUUGGUAAAAGGAUGUCCAAACAUUUCCGUUCAAAUUUCUGACCUGAUAUCAAUAAAAGUGUUCUAGUAUCACUCCUGUAGGAUAAUAAACUCUACUGUAACAAUAUUCUCUCCUAAAAGCUUUUGUGUUUAUAUGACCUAUCAGUUUUAGAAAUGUAUCCUUAUAAAUGACUGAUAUAGGGGCCGUUUUCACAGUUUGACAGCAACCACAUACUGCUGCUUUCCACCCUCUGUUUGCUUAUAUAGAUUAUUUAUUUUUUAUGUUUAGUCUACAUAGCAGCUUUUCCAAAUCAACUGUAUCUUCACUGUUUAUGUGAGUUCUUAAUCUUGUUGUCAUAAAUGAUUGCCUAGAAACUGAAAGAGUGCUUAUCCCAGUAUACAUAAUAUCACAAACGACCAAAGUUUAACUGCUGCAAACUCUUGUUUUUUUUUUUUUUACUGAUAUCUUCACAAUAUUUACUAAACUGAAAUAGAGCAUUUUAACAAGCUUAGUGUUUUUCUCAAAAGCAGAGGAUCAUGGUUAUUGUAUGAUUUGCUAUCAAUAAAGAAAUGUAUCAAAUGC